UAUAUUUAAAAUAGAUAUAAAAAAACUCAACUAAAAUAUUUUAAUCGAAUCAGAUUCUACUUCCUCCAGUUUCGAAACGACAAAGGAAGAUCGACUCGGUUCCUCAUGGAUGAACCUCGCAAGCAUCAGGUGUCCUUGAGGGGAGCCAGUGCGAAAGAGAUAACGAGAGAUGCUCUUCUUCAAAAGGUUUCUCAAGAAAGAGAGCUUCGCCAUUAUGCGAAACGAGCUACAGCAGCUGCCAUAUUCGUUCAGAGAGUCUGGAGAAGUUACAUUGUUACUUUAAAAGUGGCUUUGCAGCUUCAAGAAGAUUGGGACAAGAACUACGAGGACUAUGUUGGUUCGUUGACACGGACACAGAUAUCGUGCAGUGUUUUAAGGCCUUUUCUCUUCUUCAUUAGUUGUUUAGCAACUCCGCACAAGGGGAUUCAAACCAGGGAGAUAAACUGUAUGCAUAGAUGCUUCAAAAUUCUCUUGGAAAGUGUGAACUCUUCUGAUCCAAAACAGAACUUUUGCUCCCUGGCAACUGGUACACCAGAAGAGAGGAGGAUCUGGAAUUAUGAGUCAAGGAAACUGAUUUCUCUUUGCCUAUUUAUUCUUUCUGAGUUUGAUAAAUGCUGUGUACGGGAUCAAGAAAUUGUUGCAGUUACUGCUUUAGCAAUGCGUCUUGUCAUUCAUUUAACUGAUUUGAAAGGGUGGAAGAACAUUACCAGCGACAACUGCCAGGAAGCAGAUACAGCUGUUAAAGAUCUAGGUCAAUUUAUGGGAGCUGGUGAAUGUGGUCUAUACAUAUCUGUUAGAAGAUACAUCACCGCAUUAGAUACUCCUUUUUCUUCUCAAAUAGAGAAUGUAGUGCAGAAAGAUGAUAAAUUCCUUAUUACAGCAAGUGCAAUAACUUUAGCUCUUCGGCCAUUACGUGUGACAAACUCUAAAGUAGACGGCCCUGGCCUGUCAGCUGUGGAUUCUUUUGCUGAGAAGUAUUGUGUUUUCUUACUUACAAUUCCUUGGCUGGUGCAGCGAUUGCCGGCUGUUCUUGUUCGUGCUAUGAAGCACAUAUCUGUUCUAUCACCUUGCUUACGGAUUUUACUGAUUUUGAAGGAGAAGAUACUGAAUCAGAUUUCUGAAAUAAAUCAGUCACAAGCUCCAUUUUGUCUGAAGGUGAUUCCACCGGUAGGUUGGGCACUUGCAAGUAUCAUAUGCCUUGCAACAGCGAAUGAGAAUGGUUCUCUUGAUUCUGGAUGGUGCAACCAAGGUUUGGACUGUGUGUUGUAUGUUCGUGCAGUUAUCAUUCUUGCUGAAGACUUGUUGGCUAGGCUUGAUAAUGUUGGAAGUAUAAAAAAUGUGAACCAAGAAAUCCCAAGUAAUAACGAAGAUUCUGUUAUGCCCACUGAUACAAAGUUUGGUAUGAGUGAUGAAAGACAUGGUUCCUUGAUUGUGUCAUACAUGGAUCUCUUUAAGCCUGUUUGUCAACAGCAGCAUCUCAUGGAUCUUUUGGCAAUAGUUGGAAAAGAUGAUUGUGCUCAAGGGUUGGAGACUUUUUCGCAUAACAAUUUGCACUCUCAGAAGUUGGGAUUUCUUGAUGUUGCAUAUUUUUAUUGUUAUCUUCUUAGAAUUUUUUCAUUCUUGAACCCAGCAGUUGGACAGUAUUAUAUUCUCAAUAUGCUAUCUUUCACUCCUGGUUUUCUUGUGAGCCUAUGGGGAACCUUGGAAAGUGCCCUUUUUCCUGUAGAUGGUCCAACCACUGAAAAUCAUGAUCUUUCAUCUAGUAAAACUUCAAGGAAUAAAAAGGAUGGACUUUCUGAGAGAAGGCAAAAACAUAGUAUUAAGGAUGAAGGCAAUAAAUGGGUGACCGUGCUACAUAAGUUUACUGGAAAGUCGCAGUUGGGAGCUGAUAGUACGAAUUUGGUUGAUGAUCCAUCAAGCCAUAGCCACAUUGUCGAGGGUCCUCAUGAUAUAUGGGAUGUAGAACCUUUGAAGCAUGGCCCAGAAGGUAUAUCUAAAGAUAUCUCUUGUCUGCUUCAUCUUUUCUGUGCUACCUAUUCACAUCUGCUGUUGAUAUUGGAUGAUAUAGAGUUCUACGAGAAACAGGUUCCAUUCAGGAUUGAGCAGCAGCGGAGAAUUGCCUCGAUGCUUAAUACUUUCGUCUAUAAUGGUUUGUGCCAUAAUAUGGGGCAGCAGACUAGAUCCCUUAUGGAUUCUGCAAUCAAAUGCUUGCAUUUAAUGUAUGAAAGAGAUUGCAGACACCAAUUCUGUCCCACUGUUCUGUGGCUUUCACCUGCUUCCAAGAGCCGGCCACCAAUUGCUGUAGCUGCCAGAACUCACGAGGUUUUGUCUGUUAAUACAAGAACAGAUGAUGCUCCAACUCUUCCAAGUACGCGGUCUAUUAUAACUACUGUUCCGCACGUAUAUCCAUUUGAAGAAAGAGUUGAGAUGUUUAGAGAGUUCAUUGAGAUGGACAAAGCCUCGCGAAAAAUGGCUGGUGAAGUUGAUGGACCUCCUUCACGAUCAGUUGGGAUAGUAGUUCGUCGAGGUCAUAUAGUUGAAGAUGGUUAUAGACAAUUAAAUUCCCUUGGGCCAAGAUUAAAAUCAUCCAUCCAUGUUUCAUUUGUGAGUGAUUCUGGUCUUCCAGAGGCUGGCCUGGAUUAUGGUGGAUUAUCUAAAGAGUUUUUAACUGAUAUAUCAAAAGCAGCCUUUGCCCCUGAGUACGGGCUAUUCUCCCAAACUUCAGCUUCAGACAGACUUUUAAUCCCCAAUGCAUCUGCAAAAUAUCUCGGGAAUGGAGUCCAGAUGAUUGAAUUCCUUGGAAGAGUUGUUGGAAAAGCUUUAUAUGAAGGAAUUUUGCUAGAUUACUCCUUUUCUCUUGUAUUUGUACAAAAACUACUAGGCCGAUAUAGCUUUCUUGAUGAGCUAUCAACUCUUGAUCCAGAGCUGUACAGGAAUCUUAUGUAUGUCAAGCACUAUGACAACGAUGUCAAGGAUCUUUUUCUGGAUUUCACAGUGAUUGAAGAAUCUUUUGGUAAGCAGCAUGUUAUCGAGCUUAAACCUGGUGGCAAGGAUAUUUCUGUGACAAAUGAGAACAAAAUGCAGUACAUUCAUGCUAUGGCAGAUUACAAACUAAACCGACAGAUAAUUCCCUUUUCCAAUGCUUUCUACAGAGGAUUAACAGAUCUCAUAUCACCAUUUUGGCUGAAAUUAUUCAAUGCACGCGAAUUCAAUCAGUUGCUUUCAGGUGGAGACUACGAUAUUGACAUUGAUGAUUUAAGAAAAAACACACGUUACACUGGUGGUUAUUCUGAGGGAAGUCGAACUAUCAAAAUCUUCUGGGAGGUACUUAAAGGUUUUGAACCAAAUGAUCGUUGUAUGCUUCUUAAAUUUGUAACUAGUUGUUCUCGACCUCCAUUACUUGGAUUCAAGCACCUGCAGCCUACCUUCACUAUUCAUAAGGUUGUCUGCAAUGUUCCUAUAUGGGCGUCAAUUGGUGGACAGGAUGUGGAUCGGCUUCCUUCAGCCUCAACAUGUUACAAUACUCUCAAGCUUCCAACGUACAAACGUGCUAGCACUUUGAGGGAGAAACUUCUGUAUUCAAUUAAUUCAAAUGCAGGAUUUGAACUUUCUUAGGUCCACUUCAGGCGUGGUACCAUCUUACCGUUAUCCGAGGGCUUUGUGACCAUAUCUAAGAGAGGCUGAUAAAUUUCGAAGACCACAAGCUUGAGACCAGGAAGCCUACGCAGACUUUCAGAUGUGCUAUUUAACUUUCUGUUGAAUGAAAAGGCGUCUCUGUUUAACCUGGCGACACACUGGUUACUUCCUCUGCCAAAUAGGGUGAUGGCUGCUGGCAAACAUCCGAGUGGCGGUAAGUUUGUGACGCCAAUCCUCCUUGCUCCCAAUCCGUACAGAGUCUGUCACAAUGCUUUUCAUGUUAUGAAUGAAUAUGCUUCUGAACAAACAAGUUGAGCUAAAUUUGAUUCUUAUUAUCUUGUUUGUAUUUACUUGAUUUUACCCAUGUAAAUUUGAGAUUUAUUGAUUGAUUAUAUAUAAAUAUAUGCCAUGCCAUUGGUAAGUAAACUUCGCUAAA